GCGACAGUCAGGCGAGGCGGAGUGCAAAUGUACACACUGCCCAGAAUCCACCCUAGGGCGAUGCCGCUCCGACCUCGAUUUCACCCCUCUGGAAUGAGGACGGGCUCGCUUUUUUAAAUGCGAUCAAAGCCUUAGAUAUCAGGAGAUGGAAGGUGCCCCUGUGGACCAGAUAUCGGCAAAGGUAGCUGCAGUGAACUUAAAUGACGCAGGCGAUGAGGGUGUUCAAGUGCAGACUUCCAACCUGAGCAGCUACUUCAGCAACAACCCAGCGCCAAGCACGGCAUCGUUCUUUGACCAAAUUUCUCACCCCGACCCAAGAAAAGCACCAAGUUCAAUGCCAGCGCAACUCUUUCUGCAAAAUCCUCAAGAUCAGCUGAGCAACCAAUUUGUCGGUGGUCAAAUUGUGACUGACCUUGCAUUGGCGCCACCGCCUCCUGAGGAUCUUUACAGCAGCGGAGGAUCGGAGGUCGAUCGAAGAAGGAAUGCAUGGAUUCCCUCAGAGGAAGUAAGAAAAGUCCUUGUGGCCGCUGCAACAAACUCACCUAGCAUACCCAAUUUAGAGGACACACUCACCAAACCCGGGGUUGUUUUAGAGGAAGAUAUGGUUGACACAGUGCACGAACUGGUUCUGCAUUACUUGGGAGAAGCAGAAGCUGCUAAAAGAAAGGUUUUGACUGCCUCAGAUGUCACUCAAGAUGAUCGGGGACUUCGAGAUUUGAUUCAAGCUGGUUGCAUUCGAGCUGCUGUAAAUUUGACCGGACGCCUUCUGUCAAUGUACGGUCAAGGCGCUGGGCGUUCUGGAUACCCAACCAAGCACACUCCACAUUCCAUCCAGCUCUGGUCCACCAGAAUAGCACUUUUAGUAAAACUGCGAUCGUUCUCUUUGGCCGAAGUUGAAGCAGAGCCCUUUGGAGACCUUGAGAGACCAGACCUGUACUUCCAAUAUUACCCUGACAUGUAUGGAAACAGACCUGGCACAAUGGUCCCGUUUUCUUUUAGACUGCUCCUUGCUGAAUUACCUCAGUACCUGAAUAAGGCCAAGGAGUCCCUCAUUAGGCUUCCAAAAAUUUUAGCUGUCGUCAAGAAGAUUUUAGAGAACUUGGACGCUGGUCUAAUGGAAGAUGGAAGUCCAAUUAGCAUAUCAGAAGCAGACCGAGCAGAAUCAAAAAAGUUGUGGCGUUCGAGAGAAAUUCGUGUAUUAUACUCAGUCGCUAACUGUGCAAUAUUCCAAAAGUCAUUUGAGUUGGCCGUGGAUGUGAUAGAACAAUUAAUUGAGAAAGAACCAAACAAUAAAAAAUCACUUCAGUCGGCGCUCGGCCGUUUGAUGCUUAUGCUCGGAGACGUGUCUGCAGCAGAAAACUACUUUUCUGUCUGCGACCCUGCCGAAACAAGGUCAAUCAUUGAUAGAGGUCUGGUUGCUAUCACACAAAAUGCCUUUCAAGAAGCCCAUGAUAUUUUUGCAAAAGUCCUCGUCAAAGAACCCAGCAAUGUUUUGGUUAUCAACAAUAUGGCUAUAUGUUUGCUGUACAUGGGAAAAUUAAAGGAUUCGAUCAAACUGCUCGAGGAUGCGUUAAGCAAGAAUCAAGUAUCGGCAUUGCAUGAAAGCAUUUUACUCAACAUUUGCACACUUUACGAACUUGAGUCGACCGUUUGUCUGGAGCAGAAAUUGUCAAUCUUAAAGCUCUUGAUACACUACAAAGGUGAUGGUAUCAAUAUGGCUUGCCUAAAAUUGCAAGUCUAAAUCUAUUUGCCUAUUGUCACAGCCGAUCUCGCUGGUUUCAUCUCUUGUUGAUUACUUUUAAGAAAAUAAUUUUCCAAGUUUUUGUGUUUAAAAAUUUUAACUAUAAAAAUUCAAAAUGGGCUUGUUGCCACAUAUCCAAUUAAAUAUCAUAUUGCUAAAUUA